UGCAAGUUUAGCAUUGGCACCCUUGCCAUGGCCAAGAGUAAGAGCGAUGGCGAUGCGCCGGGGACCAAAGAAGAGCCUGAGACCUCCGCAAAGGUGAAAGACGGCGUAGAAGAUGAAGCAGAGGAAGAGGAAGAGGAGGAGGAGGAAGAACCAGUGGACGACCCCGAAGUGGACUUUGAGGCGAUUGCAGAGAAAGCUGUAGACUAUGCCUUAAAGGUGGCAAAGCGCCAAAGUCCUGGACAUCUAAAACUGGAUCUUGGUCUGGGAGAGGAGCAGUUGUACCUCCCAUGUAAUAAUGCUUUCAAUACAGCGGCCGUGCCAGGUGUCUACGACGAGGCGACCAGUCGCCUUUGCGGCUCCAAGCCGGCCGAGCGCGGCGCCGCGCGGCCUGCGCCGCGGCGAGAGGUGCGAGGUGCUCCGGUGCGGCCGGUGCACGAUGCCAAGGAGCGGCGGAAGGAGAUGCGCGAGCAGCGCGAAGAGAAACUAGAGAAGUGGUUCGGUUUGCCCAAGCACAAGAUGACCCCUGAGCUCGAGAAGGAGCUCAAGGCUCUGCGCCUGCGGGCGAACUUCGAUCCCAAGAGGUUCUACAAGGCCAACGACAGCCAGGAGUUGCCGAAGUAUUUCACCAUUGCCACCGAGGUCGGCGGAGGCAUGGCGGCGGCCGGGCUUCACAGCAGGACACCUGAGGUGACGGCUCACAGUGGGAGGAGCUUCUUGGAUACCAUCCUCAGGGAUCAGAAAGUGCAAGAAUGGACAGGCAAAAAGAACUUUGAGGUCGGCGCUCGAAAUCAAGCCUCCUUGUACAGCGGCCACGGAAAGCGGAAGCAUGAAGGUGCCAGAAGCACCAAGAGAGGAGGUGCAUGGAAGAAGAAGAAAAGAUGAUCAGGAUGAUGUCGGGCCAAUGGAGCGAUGCAACAAGUGAGACUUUGCGGUGCCCACAUUACAGCCAAAAAGAGACAGGGCGAUACGGUCCAUGGAACCACCAUGGGUUGCAAGUUAUCUCCUAAGAAGUUCCCUCUGAC